GCUCUGGCACCAGCUGACCCUGCAGGUUUUGGACUUUGUUCAGGACCCCUGCUUUGCCCAAGGAGAUGGACUCAUCAAGCUUUACGAGAACUUCAUCAGCGAGUUUGAGCACAGGGUGAACCCCUUGUCCCUGGUAGAGAUCAUUCUUCACGUAGUCAGACAGAUGACAGAUCCCACCGUGGCCCUGACUUUUCUGGAAAAGACUCGAGAAAAGGUGAAGAGCAGCGACGAAGCCGUCAUUUUGUGUAAAACGGCCAUCGGGGCGCUGAAGCUGAACAUCGGGGACCUGCAGGUCACCAAGGAGACCAUCGAGGAGGUGGAGGAGAUGCUGAACAACCUCCCUGGGGUGACGUCGGUUCACAGCCGCUUCUACGACCUCUCCAGCAAGUACUACCAGACGAUCGGCAACCACGCCUCUUACUACAAGGACGCCCUGCGGUUCCUGGGGUGCAUUGACGUCAAAGACCUGCCGGUGUCGGAGCAGCAGGAGAGAGCCUUUACCCUGGGACUGGCAGGGCUCUUGGGAGAAGGCGUUUAUAACUUUGGGGAGCUGCUCAUGCACCCCGUGCUGGAGUCCCUGAGGAGCACCGAUCGGCAGUGGCUCAUUGACACGCUUUAUGCCUUCAACAGCGGGAAUGUGGAGACGUUUCAGGCUUUGAAGUCAGCGUGGGGUCAGCAGCCCGAUUUGGCCGCGAAUGAAGCGCUGCUGCUGCAGAAGAUUCAGCUGUUGUGUCUUAUGGAGAUGACUUUCACCCGGCCGGCCAACCACAGGCAGCUCACUUUCGAGGAGAUUGCCAAGAGUGCCAAAGUCACUGUGAACGAGGUGGAACUGCUGGUGAUGAAGGCGCUCUCGGUGGGCCUGGUGAAGGGCAGCAUUGACGAAGUCGAUAAGAGGGUGCACAUGACGUGGGUACAGCCACGGGUGCUGGAUUUACAGCAGAUCAAAGGGAUGAAAGACCGCCUGGAGUUCUGGUGCACGGACGUGAGGAGCAUGGAGAUGCUGGUGGAGCACCAAGCUCACGACAUCCUCACAUAGAGGACCUGGCGCUGCCCCGGGGAGAGUACCUUCUGCUGCCGCCGCCGCCGCCAGCAGCACUCGGACCACUGACUCUGUACCGCAUCUAUUGCAGGGGGGCGGGUGGGCAGAGGGGAGAGCAGCUUUCUGACGCUUGUUCGAGGAGUACGUGGCCUUUUGCUGUGUGACCCUUUGGUGCUUGGAGUCAAGACUUCCCUGUGCGCGAACGCGAGUGGCCCCGGCCGCGGGGGCUCCCGUCCCGCUCCGGGGCAGGGCAGGAGGACGAAGGCUCCGCCGCGGCUGGUUU